ACCAAUGAAGGCGUUGAAGCAAGAGAAGACGAAACACUGGAUUUUAUACCAGGACUAACCAAGAUCAGGGUGAAAGACAUACCAGAUGGAAUUGUAACAGGAAAUCUUGAUUCACCAUUUGCUCAAAUGCUACAUAAAAUGAGUCAAGUUUUACCUAAUGCAAGUUCAGUUUGCAUUAGCUCUUGUGAAGAAUUGGACCCGGUUGUUACAAAUGAUUUAAAGUCUAAAUUCUCAAAGACUUUUCCAAUUGAUCCACUAAACUUAGUAAUUGCACCACAAAAAAUAGCAGACAAUUAUAAUUGUUUAGGUUGGCUUGACAAACAAAAGGCUAAUUCUGUUGUUUAUGUGAGUUUUGGUUCUGCUGCUACACCAACACCAAAUGAGCUUUUUGCUCUGGCUGAGGCUCUUCAAGCUAGUGGAGUCAAGUUUUUGUGGUCAAUCAAGAAUCAUCUAAAGGUACAUUUUCCUAACGAUUUCCUGGAGAAAAGCAGAGAAAAUGGCAUGGUGGUCUCUUGGGUACCCCAAAUAGAAGUCCUGGCUCAUGAUGCAAUAGGGGUGUUCAUCACCCACUUUGGUUACAAUUCCAUGACUGAGAGUAUAGCUGCAGAGGUUCCGAUGAUCGGGCGGCCCUUCUUCGGUGAUCAUAAGUUGAAUGGACGACUAGUAGAGGCCGUUUGGGAGAUUGGACUACAAGUUGAAGGAGAGACUUUUACAAAGGAAGGAAUAUUGAAGAGUUUGGAUCGAAUUUUGUCGAGUGAUGAAGGGAAGAAAAUGAGGGCAAAUAUCAAAAGCCUUAAACACUUGGUUGGAAAAGCUGUUGCCCCUGAUGGGAGUUCCAACAAGAAUUUUAGGUUGCUUUUGGAACUUAUCACAAAAACAUAGUUGUAACUAUGAAAUGAGUUGAGUUGAAGAACUAAUUUUGCGUAGGUCACUUAUAGUUUUUUUUUUUUUUUAAUUAGGUAAGUAUUGCAAUAAUUUUAAUUUGAAGUGAGUGAAUAUUGUAAAUGUUGCAUUUAUUAUAAAACAAAGGGGCUAAAUUGUCUCAAAGUUGUAUUAAAAAAAGUCCAAACUCGUGAAAUAAAAGGCAAUUUUUAUACUUUUACUACUUUCAUCAAAGUACAAGCUGGUAACUUACAAAUCAUGUAGGGAUGACAGUGGAUUUGAACCCGACCCGAAUCCAUAGAUCUAGAUCCGUUGUUCACGGAUAUGAGUCUUCAAAUUUUGGACCCAACAGAUCCGGAUCCUAUUGAAAACAACAGGUCUGGAUCCAGGUCUAACCCCCGGACCUAGAUUCGUUUACCUGGUUUAUAAUUUUCCUUAAAAAAAAGACUAAAAUUGUUUGUUUCUAUAUUCUAGAAUGUUGACGAUGUUUAGUAGUAAUGAAAAUUAUCCCUUUCGGGAGAUAAAUUUUGAAUGCUCAUAUCGGAUACAUCAUUGUUGUUUUUUCACUUGCUCAUUUGUAACAUACUCCGUAGUAUUUUUUUGUAUUGUUUGUAGUGUUUUUUUUUUUUUUUUUUU